AUGGGUUUGAACAGCCUCCCGUGCGUCCUCGCUUCGAUGUGCUUGGUGUUUUUCUCGUCUUCUCCGUGCAAAGCUCGGAUUUACACCAACCACUGGGCUGUUCGGAUAGCCGGCGGACCCGAGCAAGCGGACCAUGUCGCCACUAAAUACGGGUAUAGAAACCUGGGCCAGAUUGGUGAUCUGAAGGACUACUACCAUUUCUUCCACAGCCGGACGAUAAAAAGGUCGACGCUUUUCAGCAGAGGCACACACAGCUUCAUCUCCAUGGAGCCAAAGGUGGAGUGGGUGCAACAGCAGGUGGUGAAGAGGAGAAUAAAGCGAGAUUAUAAUCCCUCAUAUCCUGGUCCUCUACAGUACAGUAUAGGCCAGCCCAGCUCCAUUUACUUCAAUGAUGCUAAAUGGAGCAGUAUGUGGUACAUCAACUGUAAUGAUAACAUCCAUAACUGUCAGUCUGAUAUGAAUAUCAUGGGCGCGUGGAAGAGAGGCUAUACGGGGAAGGAUGUGGUGGUUACCAUUCUGGAUGACGGUAUCGAGAGGAACCACCCAGAUCUCAUCCAGAACUAUGAUUAUGAGGCCAGUUAUGAUGUGAACGGUAAUGACAUGGAUCCCAUGCCCCGAUAUGAUGCCAGUAAUGAGAACAAGCAUGGCACGAGGUGUGCUGGUGAAGUAGCGGCGUCCGCCAACAACUCUCACUGCACGGUGGGCAUCGCUUACAACGCCAAGAUUGGGGGUGUCCGCAUGUUGGACGGAGAUGUGACAGACAUGGUAGAGGCCAAAUCACUGAGUCUGAACCCUCAACACAUAGACAUUUACAGUGCCAGCUGGGGUCCAGAUGAUGAUGGCAAAACUGUGGAUGGGCCCGCUUCCCUCGCCAGACAGGCCUUUGAAAACGGCAUCCGACUGGGCAGGAAAGGACGGGGUUCAAUCUUUGUUUGGGCGUCAGGAAAUGGCGGUCGGAGUCGCGAUCACUGUUCAUGUGAUGGCUACACCAACAGCAUCUACACGAUAUCCAUCAGCAGCACGGCAGAGAGCGGCCGCAAGCCCUGGUAUCUGGAAGAGUGCGCCUCCACCCUCAGCACCACCUACAGCAGCGGAGAGAACUACGACCGCAAAAUCAUCACGACUGAUCUAAGGCAGCGCUGCACAGACAGUCACACAGGAACAUCAGCGUCAGCGCCGAUGGCAGCAGGGAUCAUUGCUCUUGCUCUGGAAGCUAAUCCUUUCCUGACGUGGCGAGAUGUACAGCACAUAAUAGUGAAGACAUCUCGUGCUGGCCAUCUCAGUGCUCCUGACUGGAAAACCAAUGCCGCUGGUUAUAACGUCAGUCACCUGUAUGGCUUUGGGCUGAUGGACGCGGAGGCCAUGGUGAAAGAGGCAGAGUGCUGGAAACAGGUUCCCCCACAACACAUCUGUGUGGAGAAUGCUGAUAAACAAAUCCGAACCAUCCGUUCAGAGCAUGUCGUUCGUUCGGUGUACAAGGCAACAGGCUGCACCGAUAAUGCAAACAAUCAUGUUAUUUAUCUGGAGCAUGUGGUCGUGCGUAUAACAAUUACACACCCGCGGCGAGGGGACCUGUCAAUCAACCUAACGUCACCAUCAGGGACAAAGUCACAGCUGCUCGCCAACAGGCUUUUUGAUCACUCAAUGGAGGGCUUUAAGAACUGGGAAUUCAUGACCACUCACUGCUGGGGAGAGAAAGCUGCUGGAGACUGGAUACUAGAGAUCUACGACUCUCCCUCCCAACUCAGGAGCCAGAAAGCACCAGGCAAGCUGAAAGAGUGGUCUCUGGUACUUUAUGGCACCUCUGUGCAUCCGUACUCGAUCCGCAGUGACAAGCCUCGCUCUCUGGCGGAGCCGCAGCCUGAUGACGAGUACACUGAGGAGUAUGUGGGCUCGUGUCACCCUGAGUGUGAGAACGGCUGUGAGGGUCCAGGGCCCCAGCAGUGCAUCACUUGCCUCCACUACUUCCUCAAGUUCAAGAACAACACCAGGAUGUGUGUAUCCGAGUGUCCGACUGGGUUUUUCCAGGACGAUAAGAAGCGCUGUAAGAAGUGCUCUCCGCUGUGCGAGACCUGCAUGGGCAGCCGCGGUGAUCAGUGUUCGACCUGCCGCUCGGGUCUGUAUCUCGUGGAGGGAGGAAACAACUGCGUCAGCUCCUGUCCUGACGGCUUCUACCUGGACCUGGACUCCACCAUGUGCCGGAAAUGCAGAGAGAACUGCGAGAAAUGCACGUCUGCGAACAUCUGCACAGAGUGCCAGACCGGUCUCAGUCUACAGGGGAAUAAGUGUCAGCUGAGCUGUGAACCUGGCACCUAUUAUAAUGGACACAGACGAGCAUGUGAAAAGUGCCACUUGACUUGUGCCACCUGUGCAGGAACUGGCAUGGAAGCGUGUAAUGAGUGCGCUCCGGGCUAUUACUUUGAGGACUGGCGCUGCGUCUCCAGCUGCAGUGUGGGAUAUUACUUGGCAGAACAAACGACAGACAACGGAGAUGUCCAGAAGUUUUGUCAGAAGUGUGACCCCACCUGCUACGCCUGCGCCGGGCCGGGGGACAGGAACUGCAGCACCUGCGCAAGCGGCUACAACCUGGAAAACGGCGUGUGUGUCGUCAGCACCAUCUGCAAAGAUGCAAAUGAAGAAUCAUGGGCGGAGGGAAGCUUCUGUGUGCUAGUGAAAAAGAACAAUCUGUGCCAGAGGAAGGUUCUGCAGCAGCUCUGCUGUAGAACAUGUUCUCAAAAGGGCUGAAGGAACUUUUCCAGCCACACUUGCCGUUCUGCUAAUUUAUAUUCCAGUCAGGAACCUCAAAUAUGGGACUACAUCGUGAGGUUUCCCGAUGCCAGAACUACAACAAACCUACCUUUUAUCUCUGUGUGUCUGAGUGUGUGUGUGUGUGUGUGUGUGAGUGUGUGGACAGAAACUGUCAGGGUGGUGCGACUGGGAUCAGUAAUAAACAGCAAAUCAUACAUGUCAGUAUUUUGUGACCAAAGCAUGGAUGCCAAAUUUUUGUACCUUUUUCUCCGUUUUGGGUCUGAGAGAAGAAUUUGGAGCGACAUGCUAAGCGUUGAAGCGGCGGUUCUCUAUUUUUCCGCAGUUUCACACAUGAUGAAAACAAUGAUCAAAGCCAGUUUGUGCAUAUUCUGAAAUAAAGCGCACUCAGAGAACCUCUACGAUUUGCAGCAAAGACCUCCGUGAGCAAAAGGGACGGACGCAUAAACCAUAGCACAGGUUCAUCCACUGACCUUCAUGACUGCAGUCAAAUCAAUAGCUGACUCUGGAGGUACAAGGUACAAGAAGUACUUCCUGAAGCGAUAAGUGUUGUACUAACACUAACGACCUGCCGUUUAGCCUCGCAAUGAGUUGAAUGUCGUCAGGUGGUCUCACUUCACCUCAGGCUCAUAUCUCAUACUUGUUUUGCGUGCGUGCAUGUGUGUGUUUGUUUCAAUCAGCGUUGAACCUAAACGUAAGUUAGUGGGCCCUGAAGAAUCAUUGACUGGGCUGGAGUACAGGUUUUAUUCGUGGUAGCUGAACGUAUAAUUUGAUACAAUCAGGCCUUUGUGAUAUAUUUGUUAAAUAAAUCCUUAAACAUGCAUGAUGAUUUGUGUGAAAUAAGGAACUUUAAAGUGUGUGUCCGGGUAGAUCAGGGUCAACAGCCCGCUCAACAUCUGUUUUUACUUGAUUUGGCCACCUCAAAUGAAAAAACGAAAAAAAUAAAAUACUCUAGGGGAGUAUGUAACGUUUUACUGAAGGUCAGAAACGAGGUGAAACGUUUAAUUCUACUAAUAGUACUACACACCACAAAAUAGACUUCUGCAUUCAUUAAGGACAUGUUUGACCAAUCCACUUUUGUGCAGUGUUAAGGGGAUUUCUAUGUCUUUUAUUUAUGAAUGAUGUGGUUUAAGAUGACGUAGCCUUUUAUUUAUGAAAAAGAUUUCUAAAUGGUCAUCGUUCAAACGAGUUGGGUUUUGUGGAUGGGAUUGUCCAACCACUUCAUGCUACUUGUGUGUUCACGACACACACACACAGACGUUGUAGUAUGAUUGUACUCUAUUCAAGGUUACAUAACUAAUGUUAUAUAGGAUUAACGAGAAUCAGUCUAUGUUCAGAUGUGUUACAUUUACUCUGUUCUGGCAACGUUGUUUCUUAAUGUAUAUAUGUAUUUUUAUCACUAUUAAUCUUAAAUAUAUUUUGCACCCAGGUUCAACUGAAAUAAGGGGGAAAUGGAUUCUAGAAGUUUUCUAAAAUUAUUUUAUAUUUCUUUUUUUAGCCAACCGCCAUGAACCGUUAGUCUAGAUGAUGAAGAUGUGUUGUAGUCCGGGCCAAGAAAACUAUUUUAUCAUGUAGAGAAGACUGGACGAAACGAAUGGUUUACUGAUCUUUUUAUUAAUUAACUUUAAAAUAAAAGAGAAGUGAGAAGCAGCGCUCACAUUUUCAUCAUAAUCA